CAUGUAUGUAUUUAUAUCUAUUUUCAGCAGCUUGUUGGAGCCAACACACAACUAUCCCCUCUUUAUAGUUUGCAUCUCUCAACACCCUUUUCUCUCUCGUUCAAUUACACAAACAUGAAGCCGAGUCUUCACCUUGGAGCUCUCUUAUUGUUCCUUUUCUUCCUAGUUUCCUCGUCAAAACUAUCUGCUAGGCCACUCAUCAUGGAACAAGGGAGAAACAGAUUGAAGGUGAAUGAAGUCUUAGGGGAGGACUUUGUUUUGGAGUUGGAAGGAGGACAAUCUUUGAAGCAACUGAUGGGGGUGGAGGACUGCAAUAGUGGAGAUGAAGAAUGUUUGCAGAGAAGAAUGACUUUAGAAGCUCACCUAGACUACAUCUACACCCAGCACCAUAAGCCUUGAAAUCAGAAAUCUUUCAUUUUAUACUUUAUCUUCUUAAUUUAGCUUUCAGAUAAUAUUAAGCUAGGAUGUCUCCUACUGUUUUUAUUUUCACUACAACACUUGGGGCUUUUGCACGAGUCUUGUUAAAGUGGUAUUAAGGUAUCAUCUGUUUGGUGUAAAGCAAGUGCUGAACAUAUAUAUAACAGAAGCUUGUUACUUCUAUUAGCCA